AUGCAAAGGGUUCAGGUCGUAGGACGGAUGAAGCCUAUGAUUGACGAGCAUAAGGUCAAGCCUUUUGUCGGUCUCGACCCUGGUCGGCGCCCUACCGAAGCCGAGCUUCAGCAGGCAAGGUUGUACAAAGAGUUAUUGCUCAAACAGCUGAUACGGCCGGGUAUCGAUAACAUGAUACCUCAGCAUGUCCCGCUGGAGUAUCAGGCGAAGUAUGCUAGGGACUUUGAUGAAUUGCUCGGUUAUACGCACCAAGUAGUUCCCGUACUUGAGCUCUUUAUCUGCGCGUACAACGAUUAUAUUGUAAAGAAGCUCAUAGCUGCGGGCAUGACUGUUCUAAGUCAAAAGGCGUUGAGUGACACGAAAGGCAGCCCGUGUUAUCUGAUCAGAUUCCAAGACCUGCGGAACAUCACAAGCACCAUGAAGGCUGCCAGUGAGGGAAUCCCGUACAAGAGAAUGUGGGGCGGCCAACCUUCAUCUCAGCCUCACCGGUAG